ACCUAUUAAAUAUCGUUUUUUUAUUUAUUCAGUCAUUGCUUAGUUAUAGGUAAGAUCUUUAUUUUAGACUUAUGUUCUCAAUACGUCUCAACGUAUCCAGUUGUAUAGUCGUCCUUCACCAGAUGCCACCAUCAAUGGGGCAUGGCUUGAAGGGCGAAGCGAGUUGGAGGGAAACGGCUGGGUAUCGAAUCAGCAUGGCGUGUGGGUCCGGGUUGCGGACACCAACCAAUUUAUUCUUGCAGAGAACUCAGCUGGUAAUAGUUCAAUACUUUCACAGUCAUUGUCGGUGAAUGGUAAUGAAGAAGAUGAGCGAUCGCCCAAAGCCCGAAAACAGAGUUCUGCAAUGUCUACUGCACUCCGACCUUCUGUUGUCGAAUGUUGUCGAGCAGUGUUUGCUGCUUUUCUUUGGCAUGAACACCUCGUGAAAGAUGCAAUGGCAGCAGCCGCGUAUUUGAAGUUUCACCAGCAUCUGCAUAAGUUGUGGAGUCACUCAGAUGUUCACGAAGCAGCUGCUCCAGCUGCUCUACAACCUAUAAUUCGGCUUUGGAUUGAAGUUUGUACUGCGGUUAAAGGCAGUGUCGAUCAGCAUCUCAUCGUUCCGCCAGCUGGAGGAAGAGCUUUCGGGUCUGUCACGAGAAAAAUAGAGGUAAGAGGACAUUUUCUUGCUAUAUUAUAUUUUAUUGUUAUUAUUAUAUAUGUUAUUAUUAUUUAUAUUUAUAUUUCAAAAACGGUUUUCCUUUAA